AUGGCAGUCUAUGGUGGAAGGAUUCAUAAAAAUGUGAAAGUGUUUACCGAAGGGGAUACAAUUUGUAGCGUUACACGUUUUAGUAGCGCUGGGAAUAAUGUUGAAACGAGUGAAGGUACUAGUACUAAUACUAGCCACACAGGCAACCUUCGACAGUGGCACGGCGAUUUUCGAGAUGGGAAUAACGGAACGGUGAGUUCGAGCGUUUCGGAUAGUUUCUUGGCGAAUUCAAGAGAUCGAGAAGGUGGUGGAAAUAUACAUUAUCACAAUAAUUUCGGCGCAGGGAAUUCGAGUGCUUUACAAGAUGUGUAUUCUUCUGGUGUUAAUCAACCGUGGAGACAGGUAGGGGAUGAAAACAGUGGGAUACGAAACAUCGAUCAGCGGCCCGGUUUUGUGAGCAGUAUCGUCGGUAUGAGGGAUGCACUCAAACCCCCACCGAUUCCUCCGUCUAUUCUGGGAGGAAAUGUGGACUCAUUUGCUUCGAGUUAUCCUGCUUCAAAGCCUCAUUGGUACCCUGGACAUACGUCGUCUUCAAUUGAUGUUUCCUCACCAGCGACUAGUGAUAGCAGAUAUUAUACAUUGGUUAAUGGGAAUGGCGCCGACUAUUAUACUCCAAAGACAAAUAACGCUGGAAUUCGAAAUAUUAAUCAUUUGCCACCACACCACCUCACGAAUGCCCAGUAUCAUACAGGAUAUCAUAGUGUGACAGCGGCUAGUGACACCUCCAGUUACUCUAGUCCUCGUUCUAGCAUUGGCAGUGAAGGGGACUCUAAGAAUUCAAGUCCUCGUACUAGCUUAACAAAUACCCCAUACUAUGAGCAGAAAUUUGGCGGUCCUAGAUCAGUUUUCCCACUUGCUAAUACUAGACCAGCUGUGUCUUUCGAUGCCAUACAGCCUGGUUCAAACAGUGGCAAUCAGUUGCCAAGACCUCCAGAACGAAUAGUAGCUGCAAGACAUUUAGAACAUGACAACAGUAUUUUAUACCCGCAGGCAUCACAGGCUGUAAGUUUAAACCCACGUAGUAUGUCUGUACUCGCUGACAGUCGAUUUAUUGAAACUGUGCCACAGCAUAUAUACACAGACCCUCGUCAGAGAUCUCUUCCACCACAGUCUUCAGUGAGUGUUCAUGCUACAGCUUACUCAGGUGGUUUUGAUAACCAUAGGCUGAAUCAUGUAACAAAUGGUGGGUCUCAGAUGCUCGUAUCUUCUCCAAACACAGCUCUGUCAGCGGGACAUGCUAGCUUCGCUACUGCAAGCACUGUAGGUGGUCCUCCAUCAAUUCCAGCUCGGAUUCCAUUAAAUACAGCUCGAAAAGUGGGAGAAUCUAAUUCGGAUGCCGAAAGGGUGGUGGCAGCUUUGACCCAACAAUUAGAAAAAGACAUGACCAUCUCCAGCUUGCCCUUCAGGAAGAACAUGGAUUCUCCAGCAAUAUUGGAGAGCGUUGGAGCUGCUGAGCCACCUCCUCCAUAUCAUGGCCCUCAUGAUGUGCAGACUUCAGUGAAAUAUACCAACAACCAAAAUAAUCCACCCCCAAAAAUGAAUGUCAGACUAGUGGCUCCAGUGCAGGGAAUCAGAGUACAGACAGGCUCAGAGGCUUCCUCGCUUUUCUCUGGAGUUUCGCCAGAUAUCAAACAUCAGUUGGCUUUUCAGAUGACCCCACCGAAGCACAAUGGUCCAUCUGAUGCAGAGCAAAAGCUAGCAGCUCUGACACAGCAGCUUGAAGAUGAAAUGGAUCAUGUUAUUGCAGCAGAUUAUUUUGGUCAAUGCACAACGUGUGGAGAUAAAGUCACGGGAACUAACCAGGCCUGCCAAGCUAUGGGCAAUCUGUAUCACACCAAAUGCUUCGUCUGUUGCUCAUGUGGCCGGACGCUUCGAGGCAAGGCAUUCUACAAUGUACAUGGAAGAGUUUACUGUGAAGAAGACUAUCUGUAUUCAGGCUUUCAGCAGACUGCUGAGAAAUGUGUGGUUUGUGGGCACCUUAUCAUGGAGAUGAUCCUGCAAGCCAUGGGCAAGUCUUAUCACCCUGGUUGUUUUCGAUGCUGCAUCUGUAAUGAAUGUUUGGAUGGAGUCCCCUUUACCAUAGAUGUUGACAACAAGAUAUACUGUGUAGCAGAUUACCACAGAGUAUAUGCUCCUAAGUGUGCUGCCUGUGGCCAAGCCAUCACUCCAGUCGAUGGAAAUGAAGAGACAGUCCGAGUGGUUUCCAUGGACAAAGACUUUCAUGUGGAUUGUUUUCAUUGUGAG